AUGCGAAAAACUCUGAGUGGAAUUUCAAAUGUUAAAUCAAAAUUUAAUAAACCAACAAAUAUUCCACAUGAAAGUAUACCACAACAAUUUCUUCAUCUUUCACCAUUAUCAGCAGUAAUUGAAUACGAUGAAAUACCAAAUGAUAAAGAAGAUAUAGAUUCAACGAAUGACAAGACUGGAAGUUCAAGUUCAACUAAUACAAGUGAUAACGAUGAUGCUGAUAAUGAUGAUAAGCUAUUGUUGGAUAAUGCAAACAGUGAACUAGAAGAUAUAAUAAUUGUAGAUAAUGAUCAUAAUUCAGAUGGAACAAAAAUUCAAAUUAAUUCAUUGCCAUCACCAUCAUCAUCAUCAUCAUCAUCAUCAUCAUCAUCAUCAUCAUUAAAAUAUCAUCAUCAAUUAACAUCAAAAAUUCAGCCAGUUAAUAAUAAUCAAGAAAAUGAGGAUGAAAUAAACGAUUUAAUACAUAAAGAUGAAAUUUAUCCUAAAAUAGAGCAACAACAAAUUCCUGAAAUUAACGAAAAUAAUAUCAAUCAAAUGCAAAUGCAACAUCUUACUAAUAUUGCAAAUUAUCUUACACAAAAUCGUCAUAUUGCAAUUGGUGAUACUAAAGAUAGUAAAAAAGAUGAAGAAAGCAAAAUUAGCAUAAUCGAAAAUGAAGGAAUAAAAUUAAAGGUAGCAACAAUAACUACUACCACCACUGUUACUACAACUAUUACUACCACAUCAAAACCAUUAAUAACCGGAUAUCCGGAUGAAACAACCGGUUCAACACGUUCACGUUUCAUCUAUGUAACUAAACGUCCGAAAUCACUUUAA